AUGGAGUCGCUACUGACGGAUAAACAACGCAGCGACCUGGAAACCAGCAUUUUCGGAUACGUCAGCCGGCUGACUAACGACGAGGCGCUGCUGAGUCAGCUGGCGGCGGUUCUGAGUCAGCCGUCGGGCUCCGAGCCCGUGCCUGCCGACACUCUCAAGGCCAACGCUUUACUACUGGAAAAGAAAUGGUUAUCGGUCAUAAGGCUUCAGCGCAAGGUGAUGGAUUUGGAAACCCGUUUGGAGGCGGCAGAGCGAGAAGCCUCUUCCACUCAUAAGGCCAACGGUCUGGGGGCUGGCGACCCGAAAACGUGGCUACCCAAAACUUCACGAUUCAGUCUGUUACAUAAGCAGCCCGUGAAUGCCGUGUCAUUUCAUCCGUUUCAUUCCACUCUGGCGUCGGCGUGCGAAGAUGGAAAUAUCAGAAUCUGGGAUUACGAGCUGGGCGAGAUUGAAACGACGAUAAAGGCCCAUACGAGGGGGGUGCUGGACGUGGACUUUAGUCAGCCGGACACGGGAGCGUCACGGGACAAAUCACAUGACAAGCCACGUGCCGACGUAUCACACGCCCAGCCCCGAGCGCUCCUGGUCAGCUGCUCGUCGGACCUCACCAUCCGAAUAUGGGACCCCCAAAACGAAUACGCAAACGUCAAAACACUGACCGGCCAUGACCACACAAUCUCGGCGGUCAAAUUCACCGCGUCGGGGAACCACGUCAUUUCCGCGUCACGUGACAAGACGGUCCGCGUCUGGUCCGUGCAAUCGGGCUACUGCGUGCGAACGGUCCACGGCCACACAGACUGGGUCAAAUCGUGCGCGGCGCUCAACGAAGAGUUCAUCUUCUCAGCAGGGAUCGAUCACGUGACCCGCGUCAGCGAGUUUGUCUCCGGCGACGGCAAGAUGACGCUACUCGGCCACGAGCACGUGAUCGAGGGCGUUGCCGUCUACCCCAAGAGCGCCGCCGGGUGUCUGGCCAAGCUCGACAAGACGAGCUCGUACUUUGUCGUGUCGUGGUCACGUGACAAGACGAUCCGGGUGUGGUCGUCACGUGGCGAUCCUCUACUAAUUCUUCGGGGUCAUGACAAUUGGGUUAGGGGAGUUGUUCUUCAUCCGGCCGGGCGGUAUUUGGUUUCUGUUUCUGAUGACAAGACCAUGAGAUGUUGGGAUUUGGAGCAGGGCGGCCGGUGUAUUAGGGUUGUUGAUGCCCAUGGGCAUUUUGUCACGUGCGUGGCGUGGGCUCCGAACGAUGUCAAUGGUCGGGUUCGGUGUCUUGUUGCCACUGGCGGUGUUGAUGGCCAAGUCAAGGUGUGGCAGUGA